UACUCGGUUUUCAAGGUGGAGGCCCCGAGUGUGGUAUUGUGCCCUUACUACGGAGUUGCUGCUGUGUCCUUGGAGUUGCACCGGUACGCAUUUGGACCAUGGGGCACGGAAGUUGGGCCGGCUGGGAGAUCUCCCGCAGCCCCCUGCCGACCUUGCUUGCUUGGCUUUCGGCUUCAAGAGGCGGCACGCCUUUUGGUUGCCGGUUGCUUGCCGCCCCUGCCCCCCGCACAUUUCCAAGGAUUUCCCAAGCCUACAUGGCGGGCUCGGCAGAUCUUGUUUCUUUGUCUUCUGUUGUCCUUAAGGUUCGUGCUUGUCUGACAUGGCGGCGUAUACGGGCUAGCUGGUUCUCAUUUGUUAUAUUUCUAUUUUUUUUUUCCGUUUCUUCUUUCUUCAGGAGUGUUUCACAACGUUCGGGAACUCCAGACCAAGGCCGGGUAUCUCUCGAUUCACCUGUUCUGGUGGACUGCCGCCCCUCUGAUGGGUGUCCAGCACGACAUGAAGAGCGCGGCAAUUCCAGAUUCCCAGCUCCUAGGUUGGUUGGCGUGCUGCCGCGCUUUUGCUGAGGCGGGGGAUCCUGAAGUCCGGGUUAAACGGUAUCCUUGCGGGUUGGCCGUCCCGGGCCCGAACGGAUGUUAUCGUUCAUUUUACUCGCUUGACGACUUACAGAGCAAGUGCUCGCUCGUCUCGUUUGUGUUCGGCUAUCGGUCCGGCUGGUGGUUUGCCGCUCCGCUCGCUUUACCAUAAAACCAGGAAAGUCUCCUGGCAGUUCAUACUAUGGCCGUGUCAGAGUGGUCGUUGUCUGGUCCAAGGGUUUGCGAGGAUCAGACAGCAACCUUGGUGUCGUGUCAUAUUUCCUGAGCU